UUGCAGGAGGUUGUUUAAACACGCCCGUCAAGCUCACACACAACAAGACUGAACACAAUGCUUCUACAGAGCCUAUGGGACUUCAUCCUGGGAUAUAAUGCCUGGCUCAGAUCACCUUUCUUCCCUGUGCUUUUCUCCCUCAGCGUCUACCUCACCUUCUGCCUGCCCUUCGUGGUGCUGGACCUCCUCUCCCCCAGGCUGGCCUGGAUCAGGACCUUUAAGAUCCAGCAGAAGAGCCACGUCUCCUGGACCAUGAUUUGGAGCUGCCUGGCUCACUCCCUCUACAACCAUGUAGUGUUCCUCUUCCCUCUCACUGUGCUGCACUGGUUCUGGAGACCAGCCACCUUCAUGCCCGAGGCCCCCGGAACGCUGCGUCUCAUCUGGGACGUGGUCGCCUGCCUCCUGCUGUUCGACUUCCAAUACUUCAUCUGGCAUCUGUUGCACCAUAAGGUGCCCUGGCUCUACCGGACGUUCCACAAGGUGCACCACAAGCACACAUCCACCUUCGCCCUGACCACUGAGUACUCUGGGGCCUGGGAAACCCUGUCUCUGGGAUUCUUCGCUGGGGUCAACCCUCUGCUGCUGGGCUGCCACCCCCUGACAGAGAUGCUCUUCUAUGUUCUGAAUAUCUGGCUUUCUGUGGAGGACCACUCUGGCUAUGACCUGCCCUGGUCCACGCAUAGACUGGUGCCCUUUGGGCUCUACGGUGGAGCUCCGCACCACGACCUGCACCAUCUGAAGUUCAAGUCCAACUAUGCUCCGUACUUCACACACUGGGACAGGGUUUUUGGGACAUUGCACAAGCAUUCAGACUGAAUUUCUGCACAGAAGAAAGUGCAAAUUGGACAUCUUGAAUAUCUUUUAUGUUAAAAGGAUGGGAUGCAGAGAACAUCACUUUGUGAUAUAUUUUAUUAUGUGUCGAUGUUAUUUACCAUAGUAAAGAUAAAGCUGUAUUUAAUCAAAUCAUUUUUUAUUAAGUGUGUUAUUUAUAAUGGCAUAGCAGAUUUUCUAUUACUGUUGUAUAUUAAAGAUUCAUGCAAUGGACUCUACAAUGUACAAACAUUUUCAGGUUAAAUUUAAAACCUGGUUAAAUUAACCAGUUUAGUCAGAACUAUCAGAAUGAAUUUGACUGAGAUUGAAUGACUGAAGACUAUUGUGCAUGUUUGUGUUGACUUCCCAGUGCUACUGGGUGAGCAUCACUGAACAACAUUUUUCAGCUGUUUCAAGCUGUAUGCAGUAUUAACAAGGGAUGACUCCCAACAUUUUAGUUACAAAGCAAGGGGCAAUAAAACUUAUUACCAAAA